AUGUCAGACAAUAAAAGCGGACGCGACUAUAAUCUUGUGCUUAUUGGCGCAACGGGCUACACCGGCGCUCUCACUGCGGAGCAUAUCGCCGAGCACCUCCCAACCAAUCUCAGGUGGGCUAUCGCUGGGAGGUCAAGCGCGAAACUGAACAGGCUUGCCGCAAAAUUAAAGGAGCUGGGACCUGAUAGAAUACAGCCAGUAAUCGAGAUUGUAGAUGUUGAAGACAAAGCUCAACUGAUCACUAUUGUCAAAAAGGCAAGAUUAUGUGUCAGCGUUGUCUCAUACCAUCACGUCGGGCCGCUCGUAAUCGAGGCUUGUAUUGAGGGCGUAACUGACUAUAUUGAUACUGCCGGAACCAUACCUCGCAUACGGCAAUGGAUCAACGAUUACCACCGCGCAGCUGAGCUUGCAGGUGUUGUUAUACUUAAUUCCUGCGGCGCAUUGAGCGCUCCGCACGAUCUCCUUACUUGGUCAUCAGUUCGACAGCUUCAACAGAGCUCAUCUUUCAAGACGAAGGAACUGGUUUUGUCGCUGCUCGAAAUGCCAUCGGACCCAAGUGGCGGCACAGUCGAGUCAAUAAUGAUGAGAGGAGGCCUCGACGCCAAAGUCCAGUAUGAAUCGCGACAACCUUGGUACCUUUCUCCAAUCGUCGGCCGCCAAAACUUGAGCUCAACAAAUCUCUUCGGCGUGCGCCACGACCCGACUCUGGGGAUAAUGUCGACUAGCUCGCUGAGCGACGUGCAAAAUAGAGCUGUGGUUCACAGAACUUGGGGUCUGCUCAACGGCGGUAUGGCGUAUGGAGCGAAUUUUCAUUACAGCGAGUACAAAAAAGCAUCAUCCACGCUUGCUGCUAUGUUCCAGAUGCUUAACACCAUGGCAGUUAACUUAAUGCUAGCGCUUCCGCCGCUGAGGGCUAUUGCAGCGAUGGUGCUACCAGCUCCAGGUCAAGGCCCUGAUCCGGUAAAGGAGAAAAAUUACCGAUUCGAGAUGGAAGCUGUCGCGAUUGCAGACACAGACGAUGACGCGACAGCACCAAGGGCGUAUUCUCAUUUUGCGUAUCCAGGGGGCCCAUACCAUGCCACCGCUGCUUUCUUGGCCCAAGGCGCAGCUUCUUUACUCUAUCGCAGAAAAUUAGAGGGCGGCGUCUCUGGUGGUUGUCUCACACCGGCAUUCUUAGGGCAAGAUCUGAUAGAGAGAAUUCGAGGAGUGAGCACCGACUUCAGCACCAAAAUGCUGUGA